AUGCUGUUGCGUUUGCUUAUAAGUAUAUUUGUACUUAGCUUUGGAUUGGUUAACGCCGAAACUCAUACUUUGCGCUACACCACUGGGUGGGUGACAAGAACCCCCGACGGUGUAACUACUAAGCAGGUGAUAGCUUUCAACGGUGAAUGGCCGCUUCCUGACAUUCAUGUUAGGAAAGGUGAUCGAGUUGAGCUUUAUUUGACGAAUGGGUUUACUGAUCGUCCCACAUCAUUGCAUUUCCAUGGUCUAUUCCAUAAUACUAGUCAAGGCAAUAAUCCUCAGAAUGAUGGUCCACAGAUGGUAACUCAGUGUCCUAUACAACCUGGCGAUACCUAUUUGUAUAAUUUUACUGUUCCAGAUCAGGUCGGGACAUAUUGGUAUCACUCACACUCUGGCGCACAGUAUGCGGAUGGUAUGCGUGGAGCUUUUAUUAUACAUGAUGAUCAACCUCCAUUCGAAUAUGACGAAGAAAUGACCAUCAUGGUCAGCGAUAUCUACAAAAGUUCAUACACAGAGCUAACUAAAAAGUUUAUGUCUCGCUAUAAUCCAACUGGUGCGGAACCUAUCCCACAGAAUUUAUUGUUCAAUCACACAACGAAUGCUACUAUUAACUUUGAACCAAACAAGAGAUAUAUGCUUCGUAUCAUUAAUGGUGCUUUUUUUGUUUCGCAAUACCUAUAUAUCGAAGAUCAUUCAUUUACUGUUGUGGAGGUUGACGGUGUCUACGUGAAGCCGUAUGUCACUGAUCUUUUGUAUCUUGGCUCCGGACAGCGUGUGUCAGUGUUAGUGCAGGCGAAAAAUACUACUGAUAGGAAUUAUGCAUUCAUGCAAACGUUUGAUACGGAUAUGCUUGAUGUUAUUCCUUCCACUUUGCAACUAAAUAGGACUAACCAGCUAACGUAUGACAGCAGAAAUCCGCCGGCAUCGCCUUACCAAAUUGAUUCCUAUGAAGGUGCCUUGCAAGAAUUCAACUUGACUACGCAGAGUGAAGAAAGAGUAUAUGAUGAAUUUGACUAUCAAGUUUCGUUGGACUUCCGCAUGGACAAUCUAGGUGAUGGGGUAAACUACGCAUUGUUCAACAAUUUUACUUAUGUCCAGCAAAAGGUUCCCACUCUAACAACUGUGUUAACGUCCGAAAAAAACUGUACGAACCCAAUAAUAUAUGGGAACAUAAAUCCUAUAAUAUUAGGCUAUGAUGAGGUUGUGGAGAUUGUCAUUAACAAUUAUGACACUGGAAGUCAUCCUUUCCAUCUUCAUGGACACAAUUUUCAAAUUGUGCAAAAGUCUCCUAAAUAUACAGAUCGACCCGUUCCUUAUAAUGCCUCUGAGCCUCUAUCCCCCAUACCAGAAUACCCAGCAGUCAGAGAUACUGCGAUAUUGGAAGGGUAUGGUCACAUUGUCUUAAGAUACAAAGCUAAUAAUCCUGGAGUCUGGAUUUUCCACUGCCAUGUAGGCUGGCAUUUAGAGCAAGGUCUUGCAGCUGUAUUUAUUGAGGCACCUGAGCUGCUACAGUCCAGGGUAUCUCUCACCGAUAAUUAUAAGGAGAUAUGUUCUUCAGGAAAUAUUCCGAUCAGUGGUAACGCUGCCGGGCAUUCUGACAGUUGGUUCAACUUAAAAGACGCUCCAAAGCAACCCCCUCCACUACCAACUGGUUUUACUGCGAAGGGUUACAUUGCAAUUAUCGUUACAUCUCUGGUAGGAAUCUUUGGUUUAUAUACUAUCACUAAUUUUGGCUUACAAGGAAAUACUAUGAGCGAUGAGGAAGUCUACGAGACCCUAUCAAAAGUUUUAACUGAAAAAAAUAUUGAGUUUUAA